ACCUUGUCCACUCUAGCCCCAAAACAAUUUGGAAACAUGAAGUGGGUAAUAUCCAUUUUUUUGGUAUGCUUGGUAAGCUUGGCUGAAUUGAAAAACUUACCCAGAACGUAUCGGCAUGCUGAACACGACCAUGGGACUAUCUCUCUUGCCGCUGAAGUCUCAGGUGAUUAUUUUCUUGCCAUUACCUUAAUUUUAUUCAUUCAAAGUGUACCAAAUGCCACACUUGAUGAGGUGAAAGAAUUGUCAACCCAUGUUACAGCACUUCACCUGAAAUGUGUUGCUAAUGAAUAUUCAGAUCCAGAAUGUAAAAAGCAUUUGGGUACAGUUUUCCUGAAUAUACUCUGCCAUGAUGAAGAGUUUUCCAAUAAAUAUGGAAUUCAUGACUGUUGUGCUAAGAAUGAUCCAGAAAGAAAUGAAUGUGUUUUGUCCCAUAAAUCUGCAUCUAUAGGAAGUGUUUCUUCCUUUGUUCAUCCAAGUGCAGAACAAACUUGCCAAGCAUAUCAAAAUGACGAAAAUGCUGUUAUCACCCAAUAUAUUUUUGAAGUCGCCAGAAGAUAUCCUAAAGCACUAGUUGUUGUAGUCCUCGAAGCAACUAAAAACUAUGAGAAAAUCAUGGAAACUUGCUGUUCAGAAACUGAUAAAGAUACCUGUUUCCAUGAAAAGGCAACAGAAGCCAAAAAGACAUUCAGGGAAAUAAUUGAGGAACAGGAAUAUAAUUGUUUUAAUCUGAAGCAUUAUGGAAAAGAUGAUUUUCAUGCAUUGAAAUUUAUUGAGACACAUGAGAAGUUCAUAAAUGCUAAUCAGGAAACGAUAUCCCAUAUUGCUAAACAUGUUGUGCACAUCUAUGAAGAAAUCUGUAAGGGGGAUUCCCUGGAAGCUUUACUUGACCGAGCAGACCUGUCAAACUAUGUCUGUGAGCACAAAGAUGCUAUAUCUUCUAACAUUGGUCCUUGCUGUGAAAAACCUCUGGUGGAAAGGCCAAACUGCAUUUCUACCUUGGAAAAUGAUGCAAGAUCUCCGGAUCUGCCCCCACCAUCUGGAGAAAUCUUACAGGAGACAGAAGCAUGUAAAGCUUAUGCUGAACAAGGAGAUGCACACAAGGAAAGCUUCCUCUUUACAUUAACAAGAAACCACCCUGAACUUUCUAAAUUGAUUGAUCUGGAAAUUUUGCAUAAAUAUAAAGUAUUGUUGGAAAAAUGCUGCACAUUAGAAGACAAAGUACCGUGUUUGCAUGCAGGGGAAGAACAACUUAAAUUAUAUAUUACCAAGAUUACUGAAGUUGUGAAGAAUAAUUGUAAUAAUUAUAAAGAAAUAGGAGCGUACUUCUUUCAAAAUGAAUAUUUGAUCAAGUAUAGCAAAAUUAUACCACAGGCUCCAACUUCUAAUCUGAUUGAGUUCAGUGGAAAAGUGGCAAAGAUUGCUCAGAAAUGCUGUAAUUUAGAUGGUGAUCACCAAGUCUCAUGUGCUUUAGAAAAUACAGAUAAAGUGAUAGGAUCUGUAUGUAAAUAUCAUAAAGAACAUUUCACAAACAAACAAUUUGGCGAUUGCUGUGAUUCCUCCUUUAUCAGCCGUUGGGAAUGUAUCAGUAACUUAGGACCAGAUCCAUCCUAUGUCCCUCCUCCAUUCAAACCUAAAGCACUGGAUGCCCCUGAGAAUUUGUGCUCACCUAAAGAAGAGACUGUGCAGGAAAGCAAGCAAGGUUUGCUUAGCGACUUGAUAAAAUCCAAACCUAAUAUCCAAGAUGGAGAGCUUGCUGUUAGAAUCCUCUCUUUCCGUGAGCUCCAGACAGAUUGCUGUGCAGUUGACAACCAAAACGAAUGCUUUGGCACAAAGGGUCAAAAACUGGUUGAACAGAUCCAAAGUGGACAUCUAACUGAGUAAACUAUCUUAGCUUCCAUAGUGGAAGAAUGCUGAAGAUAAAGAAUCCAACCCAAGCAUCCUUGGCUGCUGCUUUUGUGUCAGCUUUCUAAUGCCUAGGACAACCAAUUUGAUUCUUGGAUAAACAAUUAUUUCUUAUGAAAGUGUCACUAUCUUCAAAAUGAGAAUGAAUAAAAGCUUUAAAAGGA